ACUUCCGUGUGCAGCGGCUCGAGAGAGGGAGGCUGCGGCACCGGGAUCCCCGGAGCGACCCUCGGCAUCCGCACGCAGCGCUGAGGCCCGGACGGGACUCAGCGGCCUCCGGGCCCGUCCCGGUCGGGCCCGCAUCGACCCCCCGUCCUCGCGCGCGCCCCGGAACGGAGCAGGGAGCUGGACCCCAGACGUCGAGACCCCUGGCGCCUGGAGGUGCGCGGGAGGUCGGCCUGGAACUGGCCCAGGUGAGGGCAGCGGACCUACUUCUGGUGGUGGUAGUGUGGCGGUGGCCGCAGCGGGAGCCAGGACUGAGGGCAAGGGGGAGCCAGGAGCCCCAGCCGUACUGCAGGCCCCAGCAUGGCACCGUUCCUGCGUAUCGCCUUCACCUCCUAUGAGCUCGGCUCCCUGCAGGCUGCGGAUGAGGCCAGCCAGCCCUUCUGUGCCGUGAAGAUGAAGGAGGCACUUAGCACAGAGCGCGGGAAGACACUGGUGCAGAAGAAGCCCACCAUGUACCCCGAGUGGAAGUCGACGUUCGAUGCCCACAUCUACGAGGGCCGCGUCAUCCAGAUCGUGCUGAUGCGGGCAGCCGAAGAGCCGAUGUCUGAGGUGACAGUGGGUGUGUCGGUACUGGCCGAGCGCUGCAAGAAGAACAAUGGCAAGGCCGAGUUCUGGCUGGACCUGCAACCCCAGGCCAAGGUGUUGAUGUCUGUGCAGUAUUUCCUGGAAGACAUAGAUUGCAAACAGUCUAUGCGGGGUGAAGACGAGGCCAAGUUUCCAACAAUGAACCGCCGUGGAGCCAUCAAGCAGGCCAAGAUCCACUACAUCAAGAACCAUGAGUUUAUUGCCACCUUCUUCAGACAGCCCACCUUCUGUUCUGUAUGCAAAGACUUUGUUUGGGGUCUCAACAAGCAAGGCUACAAAUGCAGGCAAUGCAACGCUGCCAUCCACAAGAAAUGCAUCGACAAGAUCAUCGGCCGGUGCACCGGCACCGCAGCCAACAGCCGGGACACCAUAUUCCAGAAAGAACGUUUCAACAUCGACAUGCCGCACCGAUUCAAGGUUUACAACUACAUGAGCCCCACCUUCUGUGACCACUGUGGCAGCUUGCUGUGGGGGCUGGUGAAGCAGGGACUAAAAUGUGAAGACUGUGGCAUGAAUGUGCACCAUAAGUGCCAGAAGAAGGUGGCCAACCUCUGUGGCAUUAACCAGAAGCUCUUGGCUGAGGCGUUGAACCAAGUGAGCCAGAGACCCUUCCGGAAGUCAGAAACAGAGCCCGUUGGGAUCUACCAGAAUUUUGAGAAGAAGCCAGAAAUCUCUGGAGAAAUUGUCGCAGACAAUGGGACCUACGGCAAGAUCUGGGAGGGCAGCACCAGGUGCAACAUUGAGAACUUCACCUUCCACAAGGUCCUGGGCAAAGGCAGCUUUGGGAAGGUGCUGCUUGCAGAGCUGAAGGGCAGGAAGGAGUUCUUUGCGGUCAAGGCCCUCAAGAAGGACGUGGUUCUGAUCGAUGAUGAUGUGGAGUGCACCAUGGUGGAGAAGCGGGUGCUGGCACUCGCCUGGGAGAAUCCCUUUCUCACCCACCUCUUCUGUACAUUCCAGACCAAGGACCACUUGUUCUUCGUGAUGGAGUUCCUCAACGGGGGGGACCUGAUGUACCACAUCCAGGACAAAGGCCGCUUCGAGCUCUACCGUGCUACGUUUUAUGCAGCCGAGAUCGUCUGUGGACUACAGUUUCUACACAACAAAGGGAUUAUUUACAGGGACCUCAAGCUGGACAACGUGAUGCUGGACCAGGAUGGCCACAUCAAGAUCGCCGACUUUGGGAUGUGCAAGGAGAACAUCUUCGGGGAGAAACAGGCCAGCACCUUCUGUGGCACCCCUGACUAUAUCGCCCCCGAGAUUCUGCAGGGCCUGAAGUACUCAUUCUCCGUGGAUUGGUGGUCCUUUGGAGUCCUUCUCUAUGAGAUGCUCAUUGGUCAGUCCCCCUUCCAUGGUGACGAUGAGGACGAACUGUUUGAGUCCAUCCGUGUGGACACACCACAUUAUCCCCGCUGGAUCACCAAGGAGUCCAAGGAUAUCCUGGAGAAGCUGCUUGAAAGGGAUACAACCAAGAGGCUGGGAGUGACAGGGAACAUCAAAAUCCACCCCUUCUUCAAGACCAUCAACUGGACUCUUCUGGAGAAACGAGCCGUGGAACCGCCCUUCAAGCCCAAAGUGAAGUCCCCUGGAGACUACAGCAACUUUGACCAGGAGUUCCUGAACGAGAAGGCACGCCUCUCCUACACCGACAAGAACCUCAUCGACUCCAUGGAUCAAACUGCAUUUGCUGGCUUCUCCUUCGUGAACCCCAAAUUUGAGAGACUCCUGGAAAAGUGAGACUUCCAGACAUGCCCCCCAACCCUCCCCAGCUGGGGAGCCUGCGUCAGCCAGCACGGCCUGCCCAUCCAGCCCGAGGCAGAGCAGACUGGGCGUCCCCCUUCAUCGGUACCUGCCCGCACCCCCCCCCCCCAACAAUGAGCAACAGUGUGAUUGUCUGAUUUCUGCUGCUGCCACCCCCUUACCUCCAGGAGGGGCCUCAGCUCCUGUCUGGCUGGGCUCUUAUGGUACUUCUGUGAACUAUGUGUGAAUUUGCUUUUCCUCUGCCAUCAGAGGGAAAUUGUAAAUCCUGUGUUUCAUUA